GGCGCGCUAUUUUUAAUUCUUCAUUCUGUAAACAAACCAUGUGUUUGGGCUGUUGGUUUUUUGUGGAGUUCUUGCCGUUCGUCGCCUUGGUAACAGUUCCGUUGUAUGGAUCGUUUUGUGGCACUGAUGUCGUCUUGCGAUUUUCGCUUUUGAUCUGUCUGAACUGUGUCGUAGGAGAAAGUAUCCCAAAAGUUUUGUACUCAGUCAUACCCUACUUACAAGUAACAACUCUUGUCUGCCUGGUUCUGUUGCCUGUGAAUCUAACGCCCUGGCCAAUCAUCUGGCUGUAUGACAAAGUGUUAUGGCUGACAGAGCCAGUCCUUCUUGUCGCUGAGGUGAUACAGUUAUUGUUAUGGAUGCUGAAGCUGAGUGAGUUUUUCACAGAGAGGCUUGAAUCAGCUGAUGAUGAGGAUCUCUGGAAAUGGAAGGGUCUGGUCCUCUCUUUCUCUGGAGUCUGUUAUAUCAUCACCCUGGGGCUGGGAAUUACCCUGGUUCUUGAGGAAUCCACCUCCUCCAAAUGGUUUGUGUUUGCUGUACUGUUGUUGGCUAUAGGAGUCCACAACAUGAUGUGGAUGUCAAAUGACGGAGUUAUCAGUGAUGCAGCUUUUGUAACGAUGUGCAGCAUGGGUAUUCUCUAUGUGAUGAGCAGUGAGAGGUCAAUGAUCAGACAUCCCACAGUUACACCUGAUCAUUGGGACAGUGUUGAUAAGAGUAAAUCAUAUGUUGGACUCAUGUAUGUGAUGGCCAAAGCGAAUAUAGAAAACGCAAAGAGAGCACUGGUUUUCCUGCGGCGAUUUCUUUCCCCUAUCUUCUUGAUCAGUGUGGUGGUCAGAUUAUGUUGUAUUUUGUCCUUCUCAGAUGUUAUUCUGAAGUACUUUAGACCAGAGGCUUCAGAUGACUGGGACGAAGAUUACUUGGAUGAAAUCACGAUAGACACAAAAGUUUCCCCUUACAAAUCCUCUCUGGCUCUGAAGUUAGCAGUCAUAUUCAUGUUUUCCCAGCUGGUUACCCAGCACCUAUAUGAAUGUGCUGGUCUGUACCCCGUGGACCCCAGAACCACCCUAGGGGCUGCUAUUACCGCUAUCUGGCCAACAGAUGUUCUUAUUGGUCGGCUGAUACAAGUGACGGCCAUUAGUGGUCUUUAUAUGUACAGAUUGUACACAGCAGACGAUUGGGCAAGUGAUGACUGGUCAUGACAUGGCUAACAGAUGUUUUGAUUGGUCAGUUGCUGCAAGUGAAUGCUGAUGUGGUUGUCAUAUGUAUAAAUUGUACAGUCUCAGAGUAGGUGGUUGGACAGAUGAUAAUGAUCGUGGUGUGUCAAUUUAUAAGAAAGAUAAUGAUUAGUUGAACCUGGAAAAAAAUGAGAACACAUAAAUGGUAAAUUUUGAUUGGUUAGCUAUCAGGUGACUGUGUGAUCGGGCUGUAAUCGGCUUUAAGUUGACCACGCAUAUUAUGUUUUUUAUUUUAUUUCCAUUCGCAGUCAUUAUCCUGUUAGGCAUUGUGCUUGUAUUGUAACGCUUAGCGCUCUUUUUGACUUUCGACAAGAACUGAGAAAAUGCACUUCUCCAUCUGAGUUAUGAAGUUUUACACUUCAGCUAUCACGACAGGCCUUCAUUAGAUUAGGAGAUGAUGCUCAUGACGAAGUGUCCUGCCAAGUUUUGGGGAUAGGUGGAUAUGUUUUCCUCCGAAUCUAGACAAGGAUGAUCAACUAUCUGGCGCAUAAAAGAUGCUCAAUGCCAUGGUUAUCUCAAUUAAAUUUUUUUAUAUUUGUCUGUCAUCGGCAAUGGUGCCACUGGGUUCUGCCCAUUUUGUUCCCACCUGAAUAUUGGCUGCUAUCGUAUAAGUUAAGUGAAAUAUUCAUGUCUACAGAAGGCAUAAAAUAGCAUUUAAAUAUAAAAUAAAUAAAUAAAUAAAUGAAUUCAUCAACAAUAAGUACGUGUCGGCUUUCCUAAGCUAGAUGUUUAGCCGACUUUCAUGUCUCGUUUCCUAAGCUAGAUGUUCAGCUGAUUGUCGUGUCAGAUGUCCUAAGCUAGAUGUUUAGCUGAUUGUCAUGAUUUUCCUAAGCCAUACGUUUAGGUGAGUGUUAUGUCAGGAGUCCCAAGCCAGAUGUUUAGUGGAGUGUCAUGUCAGGUGUCCUAAGCUAGAUGUUUAGGUGAGUGUCAUGUCAGGAGUCCCAAGCCAGAUGUUCAGUGGAGUGUCAUGUCAGGUGUCAUAAGCCAGAUGUUUAGUGAGUGUCAUGUCAGGAGUCCAAAGCCAGACGUUUAGGUGGGUGUCAUGUCAGGAGUCCCAAGUCACAUGUUAAGUGGAGUGUCAUGUUUGGUGUCCUAAGCUAGAUGUUAAGUGGAGUGUCAUGUCAGGAGUCCCAAGCCACAUGUUAAAUGAAGUAUCAUGUUUGGUGUCCUAAGCCAGAUGUUAAAGUGGAGUGUCAUGUUUGGUGUCCUAAGCCAUAUGUUUAGAUGAGUGUCAUGUCAGGUGUUCGAACCCAGAUGUUUAGUUGAGUGUCAUCCCAGCCUAACAUUAAGUGUCCUGUCUUCAGAUCUUUAGUAGAGUGUCAUGUCGAGUGUCCAUAGCCAGACGUUGAGCGUCAUUUCAGGUGUCUGUAGCCAGAUGGUUAGUGAAAUGUCAAGUCAGAUGUCCUAAGUCCGAUAUUUAGUGAAGAGUCAUGUCAGGUGUCCUAACCUAGACGUUUAGUGGAGUGUCAUUUUAGGUGUCAGAAACCAGACAUCUAGUGGAAUGUCACGUCUGGUGUCCUAAGUCAGACGAUUAGUGGAGAGUCAUGUCGGGUGCUUCUAAGCUAGAUGUUUAGUGAAAUGUCAUGUCAGGUGUCCCUAAGCCAGGCGUUUAGUGGAGUGCCAUGUGUCCCUAAGCCAGAGGUUUAGUGGAGUGACAUGUUUGGGAGUCCUAAGGCAAACGUUUGGAGGAGUGUCAUGUCAGGUGUCCAGAUGUUAAGCAAAAUGUUAUGUCAGGUGUACUACUCUUGAUUGGUGUAUUUAUUGACGGCGGCCAGCGUUAUGGUGGGAGGAAACCGGGAGAGCCCGGGACCACCUGCUGGCAGAUUAGAGUUGUUUGCAGACUUGCAAACGUACAGCCGCAGAGAAGGCCAACACGAGCAGGAGUUGAACUCACAGCGAUUGCAUAGAUGAGAGGCCCCCUGGGUCAUUGAGUCACGGUGGCAAGCUGUAUCCCUAGUCAUAAUAGUCGGGUUGUCUAUGCCGGACGUUUAAUGGAGUGCUAAGUUGGGUGUCCUAAGCCAGGUGUUUAGCGGCCUCAUAUACGAUACAUUGUUGCUAUGAGACCAAAAUUAUGUGUGUUGAAAGAGAGGCUAAUCUGAACUUGAAAAUCCUCCACCCCUAAAUAAAGGGGUGUUAUGUAAACUGGUGCCUUUAAUCUUUAUUACGUUUGUGAUUCUAAAAGGUGUAUGGUAGAAUAUCACUGCAGAACUUUUUUCUCUGUUGUUCCCCCUUGUUUGUAUACACAUAUGUAUGAAAAUGAUGAAAAUGGGUCUUUAAAGUUUGUGAAUGUAUUUUUUGAUCACAAAAGUUAAUUUGUAUAUAUUCAUUUUUAAAUACACAACAGUGGUUUUAGAUUGUGCUUUUGUUUUGUGUAUCGUUAUAUCGUUAUAGUUGUGUAAGAAACACCUGCCACGUGAGCCAGAUCUGCCUCAUACCUUACAAAUAAAGGAAUAAAUAGUCUUAUUGUUUGUAUCGCUAUGUCCCACCUAAUGAAUUUGUGUGGAGUUUGUGGAUUCAUGGUUGACGCACAGGAUGGACCUUGAGAAAGGCGCAUACGCUGUUGGGAAGUUUUGGCUGCCAAAAUGAGGAAUUCGGAAGCAGUUCGGCCGAAAGCUACAUGGAUGUUCUCUAAUAUUCACUCCUACUUU